AUAGCCAUUCAAGUUGACGCCGUACUGGUGACCUUGGGCGGCUUUAAAACUAGGCUAAUGUCGGAUGAUAUAUGGGAGGAGAGUGCCGUCAAAGGAUUCCAGUUUGAUUUAGAGGAAGCAGAUAAUACGUCAACGUACUCUGAUAUUCUCGGUGAUAGCUUUGGUGAAACAUUAUGUGAUGAAUCAAUAACAGUAGACUUUAACAUUCUAUUUUGUGCAAUAUGCCAUAACUUAAUCGGUAAUGAGAUUUACUAUGAAAAAGAUGCUGCUUUCUGUUCAGAGGCAUGCUGGUUGAAAGCAAUCACAAUAGCUCUUGAUGACUUUGUUGUUGGGGGAAUGAGCACAUGGCCGUUGAGUACUUUUGUUUCACAAUCUUCCAAAUCAGUUAUUUUAAAUUUAACUACAAGCACUUGUGACGGCAAUUUAAUUACAAAGAUUGUUAAUGAACUUAGGAAUUCAUUAUCAGAAAGCACUUUUGAAAAUAUUUUGUUAAAAAAUUCUGUAGCCGCGUUUCACUUUCUUAACUUCCUUAGAAAUACUGGACAGUUAGUAGACUUAAAGAGAUAUAUGAAACUACUCGGAUUCAUCAAAGAAAGUGAAAUUUCUAGCUAUAGUCAGUUGAUGCAAAAGUUGAUGAAUUUAUCCUCGGGUCACGUAGAUGAAAUUAAUAAAUAUCUAAUGCAAAUUGCAGAAUCUGAAGUAGCCUCAAAUCUCGCUGUUAAAAAUAUUGUUGAAAUCUCUUCUGAAUUGGCUGUUAUCCUGGAUUAUCAAAACAGCUAUGAACGAGAAUGGAGUUCAUAUUACAGUGAGCUUCUUACGUAUACAAACGCCCGAAAAACAGCUACUACACUUCCUGAGAGUUUGUUAAUGCAGCCAUUAUGCGAAACUCUUGGUGCAUUGGCGAGGAUGGACCAAAGCGUUAAGACGAAUAGUCGGGCUGAAACUCUUGGGAAAAAGUUCAAAAUAUCGGACGAACAGUUUAGAUGGUUGUUAAUAGAGCCCCUUGUUCAAUCAAAAAACUGGGACGAUCUGGAAUUUAUCAUGUUAAAAAAGGUAAAGUGACUAGUUACAUAAAUCGACUAUAAUUAUUAAAGAAAUCUUUGUCGCGUCGUAUGGAGGUUACCAUCCCAACUGAUCGUUUUAUCCUUCAUCUCAAUUCAUUAGAUGUCCCAAAAAACGUAAGUCUCUGCAGUUAUUAUUUCAUAGUAUUCACUUGCUCUACAACAUAUAAUUCUGCAAGGAAAAUAAAUAACAUUUAAAUGACCCAAAAGUACAAAUAAAUUCUGUCACACAUUCUACUACUAUUUUAGCGUAAGUAGAUCAAAAGAACAGUACAAUUGACAUCGAUCUUUGUGAUGCAGUUGUUAAUUCCAUCUAUGUCGGGGAAACUAUUUAUUUUUCAUCAGAAAUAAAUUAUUGUAACUCUAAGUUCGAUAUUUGCCUACUUGAAAUGAUGCUUUGUUAUGGUACAUAAAGGAACUAAUCGUUACUGGGUUUCUAUUAAUCUUGGAUUGUUUCUAUAUCAAGGUUUUAAUUAGUUGAUUGGGAACUAUACAGCUAUAUUGUUGUGAUUGUAUCCCAUCUUUUAAACCAGUAGCUCAGAAAUAUAUUCCUCAAAGUGGUAGGUCAUCUCAUUGACGGAGCGAACGACUUACAUUUCCGAACUAAUUUACUGAACACAACUCGGCUAAUUUAUUGUGAAAUAUUUAUAACUUCCUAGGAAUAUCACCCUCAAAUGCCUUGGUACGGCCGAGAGUGGGGAGAGUCCGCUCUCCCUCUCGAAAUGCUCUCACAUAGCCACGCGAAUAUAUAGCCUCUGCCAUGGAAGUCCUACUCACUGCCUUCUCGUGGCACCGGUGUUGUUUACGAAAGUGAGAGGACGAAGAGCAAAUGCCCGGCGCAUUAACCGGGUUGCUGGACAUGGAGGGUCCACCUAGGGGAGUUGGAAAACCCUGAUUCCAAAUCAAUGGUGCACAUGGGCUCCAGUAUCCUGAUGGAACGAAUGGCGUAUGAACAUAUUGUUGGUCACCGGCUACCAUGGGACUGCAUCUCCUCACGAUGCUCCACUGCCUUGUGGAUCAGACCUUUAUGUUGAAGGCUCGGGGUGUGGCCCCCUAAGGAAAUCACCUGCUUCAGUCUGGGGAGUAUCUCAGCCCUCAUACAAAUCAAAUGAGAUUUGUGAGGCGCAUAUUUAUCUGGUGCUUUUUGUACCAAUAUUUAUGUGUUUAAAUAAAUAAAUAUAAAUAAAGGAAUAUCACCACACUCAGCGAUGUCUGUUUUGUUUUGUAAAUAGCUUCAAAUUGGUGUUAGUAUCUUGUUCAGAUCUGUUACCUAAUAUUCUGUCGCUUAAAAUAUGAUAAAAAUCAAUCUUGUUCUUCUUAACUCAAACAACUAACUGUCAGAGGAAUACUACUUACCUAUUCGUGAAAUUAUACCGGAAUUCCACGUCUUGUGAUUGUGUCCUUGAUCGUUAAUCUCUCAUAUAUCCUAUAAUAUCUAGUCGGUCUUAUUAUCCUUCCUUUUACUAGUUAUACAUUUUACCCCUUAUUGCGAGAUGAACUCCAUUUCUACUCAGUAUAUUAAUGGACACUAAUAUAUAAAAUAUGUUCAUUGGUUUUCUCGUUUAAAUACAGCUUUUUAAAAUGAGACUGUCGAAAAAAUACUGUUCAAACACUUUUUGUUUUAUCUGUGAAUACCAAAACCUACUAACUUGAGGAGAUUUUUUGCUUUUGAGUUGGAAGAUGAUCAACCAAGGAGUAUGAACAUGGGUUUACUGUUUCUUGACACAUAUCUUUAAACUUUGUUUAGCUGACAGUUCCACCCCAUUCAGUCCUGCAGUCAGAGACCUUACCAAUAAGCUAUCUAUCUGAUGACUCAUUUCUUUUAAGACUAAGUCAAAAUGGUCGGGCAGUAAAUAGUAAAGCAUUCAGUGUCUAGUCUUUAAAGGUUGCAGAAUUCUAAAAUUACAUUUAGUGAAGUAAUCCCUUCUCAGGAGUUACUCAAAACUGUGAAUAUGCACAAUGAUAAUGAUCAGUAUUUUUGUGGGUAAUAACAGAUUAAUAGUAUAGCACAAUUUUCUAAAACUUAUAGUUAACAUACACAGUAAGAGGUUGGACCAGUACUAUGUACAUACAUAAUUCUGACAUUUCUGUGUGUAUAGAAGUGACUUAAUGAUGCCAAUAAAGACAAGGUCAUUGUUUUUAGGUCACCACCAGUUGAAAGAGAAAUCCGACUAUAUUUCAGACCACACGUCUUUGGAUUGCUGAGCCUAUGGGAAACAGAUUAUUCCUAUUUUUUAAAUUCAGCAAAUAUUUCGGCAGCAAGUUACAGUGUCGACUAAAGCACGUUACAAAAUAAAGUCUAUCUGCAAAAUUCCAAUAUGUUACAUUCGAUAUGUCAGUAGCUUGAGUUCUAGGUAUGAUGGUUUUAUAUUAUGACCGACUUCCUGGAUAAGAAAAUAUCUUUCAAUACACUUCCUAAUAAUGCAAUCAGUUCCUAAACUAGUACCUCCCCAUUUAUACAAAAUCUGGAACUUAGUGGCGUUCUUACCAGCUGACUCAAUAAAGUAGGAAAAAACUAAUAUUGCAGUUGUUGUAGGACCAAACCCAUUAAACUGCUAUAAGAGAUGCUAUCUAAGAUUCCUGACUUAAUCAAAGACCCACCAACUACCUGGCUACAAUAAUAUUCAAUGUUUCGAUAAGUCAGCUCCCACUUUCACCUCGGUUACAAGUUGCUGAUAUUCAGUUUCUGUCCUUGCAUCUAUGUAUAAACCCUGUGAAUAUGAAUGAAGAAUAUUUGAACUUGCAAACCAAUAAAGGCACAUAUGUCAGAUGUAUCGUGUUCACAUACAUUUUCUGCCUCAUUGGCUACAUCUCUUGGAUCUAGUUGUUUCUUUUCCUUCUGGUUACACUCGAUGAAACUGGUUUGCCAUCACUAAUCUGCUUUUGUUCAGUUUUGGAAACUGGCAGCUGUCGGUACUCAGUAUGUAGUCAUAAUCUAAGAGGUUUUAGUUUUUCAAUUAAUUUCCUCAGCUAGAGUAAUUAUAUGAGAUAUUUAGUAUAGUUUCAAUAGAAUAGUGAAAAGGCAAUGCCGUAGUAUCGGAGUCUGUUGUAUCCACCACAUGUUUAUGAAUAAACUUACUGUUUUACUUCUGACACUGUAGGUGGAUCUCCAAAUGAGGGAAUUAUUCGUAAUGUUAUCAUUCUUAGAAUACACAAAGGUCAUCUCUAUGAUGUUUGUGAAAUUAACUGAGUGGUACUAUGGUGUGGUCUACUUGUAUCCAUAUAAGUAGUAUAUGGUGUUGGUCAGACAUAGAAUGUAUUUUGGCAGAAGACCGACGAGGGAAGAACUGAAAUGAAGCGCAAUCGGGAGGAAAAUGCACGAACAAUGAAAUUAGAGAAGAAACAGUGAAGAUUGAGACUACUGGUUGAUAAUUUGCAAAUUAACUGUCCAUUGUAUGGUUUUCAGAAUUUACUGAGAUAGUCUGUAAUUUCUGCUUAAAUACAUUCGAUUGUCCCCAACCAGUGUUCUGUUCACUACAGUGCAUUUAAAACAAUUAUAGAUUCGUUGAGUCAAUAAAUUAAAGGUUAAUCUCCAAAAUUACUUCAUGAUCUGAAUUCUCAUUUUUAGAUUAUUGAAAGUUACUUGAAAUAUAUAAGUGAUGAUGAAGAGCUUAUACAGAUUGUUAUUCGGUUAAAUAUGGUAGAUGAAGCAGUUAAACUCUGCUUGGAAAAGCGAAAUAUCAACGCUUUGAAGGAACUCAUGUCUCAAAUACCUGGCAAUCAUCAAAAGAAGAAAGAAAUAUCUCACUAUCUAUCAGUCCCUGUUGCGCAGUGGAAAGACUUUGUUUGUAGACAAACGUUUUGAAACAAACUUUUCAUUUUACGUUUUUGAGAAAUACUGAUGAGCUGGAUUUUGAGUCUCGACUUUUGUACGCACAUAUGUAUCGUCCCGUUGUCAACUGAUAUAACAAGCGAAUAAUGGUGAAAAAUCCUUGCGAUUCCCGUGCUUCAGUUCGGUCAGUAUGCCUUUGUGAUCGUAUUAUCAUAGUUGUAAUUCCGAAGAUAAUACAAAUGAUUGUUUUUAUCGCGAGGGU